AUGGAGCGGCGGGGCAGAAGCGGCUGCUGGGGCUGGGCGCUGCCGUCGCUGUUGCCGCUGCUGGCUCUGGCCGUGACGCGGGCCUCGGAGAGGCCAACCCCGGGCGAAGUGGACGCAGAGGCCUGGCUGCAGUCUUACGGCUACCUCCCGCCAUCUACCCGCCAGAUGUCCACUUUGCGCUCGGCUCAGAUCCUCUCCUCUGCUGUGUCUGAGAUGCAGAGCUUCUAUGGCAUCACUGUGACAGGAGUCCUGGACAAAGAGACGAAAGCGUGGAUGAGGAGGCCUCGCUGUGGAGUCCCUGAUAAGAUUGGAACUCAGGUCAAAGCCAACAUGCGGCGCAAGCGAUAUGCACUGACUGGACGCAAGUGGAACCAGGAGAUUCUGACCUUUAGCAUCCAGAACUACACAGAGAAGGUGGGUCGCUUCCAUUCUUACAGCGCCAUCCGCCGAGCCAUCCGAGUGUGGGAGCAAGUGAUCCCACUUGUCUUCCAAGAGAUCCCAUAUGACGAAAUCCGUUACAAGAGGAGGAAGGAAGCUGACAUCAUGGUGCUGUUUGCCUCUGGGUUCCAUGGCGACAGCUCUCCUUUUGAUGGUACCGGGGGCUUCUUGGCACAUGCAUUCUUCCCAAGUACUGGUUUGGGAGGAGACGUGCACUUCGAUUUGGAUGAGCCAUGGAUGCUUGAGAACAGGGAUGUGUUGGAAGGAAACAAUCUCUUCCUGGUAGCUGUCCAUGAACUGGGUCAUUCUUUGGGCCUGGAACAUUCCAGCAACCCUAGUGCCAUCAUGGCACCUUUUUACCAGUGGAUGGACACAGAGAAUUUCCAGCUGCCGGAUGACGACCACCGUGGCAUCCAGCAACUCUACGGUGCUCCAGGGGGACAGCCACAGCCCACCAGACCGUUUCCUACUGGGAUGCCUAGGAAGCCAGAGCAGAGGACCUCUAGGCCACCACCCGGCAAGCCAGAUUGGCCUCCCAGGCCGGGUAACCCAGACCAGUCGGAGCCCAGCAUCUGUGAUGGGGACUUUGAUGUGGUGACAGAGCUGCGUGGGGAGAUGUUUGUCUUCAAGGGCCGUUGGUUCUGGCGUGUUCGCUACAACCGGGUACUGGUCAACUACCCUAUGCCGAUUGGACACUUCUGGAGAGGCCUCCCAGGGAAUAUCGAUGCCGCAUAUGAGAGGCAUGACGGGCGGUUUGUGUUCUUUAAAGGGGAUCAGUACUGGCUUUUCCGCGAGGCAAACUUGGAACCGGGUUACCCACAGCCCCUGACUAGCUAUGGACUGGGCAUGCCAUACGGCAGAGUUGACACUGCCAUCUGGUGGGAGCCCACAGGGCACACCUACUUCUUCCAAGGGGACAGGUACUGGCGCUUCAAUGAGGAGAGGCACAGUAUGGACCCAGGCUACCCAAAGAAAAUCAGCAUAUGGGCCGGAAUCCCCCACACUCCCAAGGGAGCCUUCCUGAGCUCUGACGCAACCUAUACUUAUUUCUACAAAGGCACAAAGUAUUGGAAGUUUGACAACGAGAGACUGAAAACAGUGCCGGGCUACCCCAAGUCUAUCCUGCGUGACUUUAUGGGAUGCCACGAAGAGGUUGCUAUGACACCUGACCCUGGUCAUCGGUGGCCUAAUCUGGGCAGGCCGACCAUUGGUCCAGGUGGCACCGAGGAAGACUACAGUGUCGACACUCACCCUGAGGAGGAAGACAACGAAGUGGAUACGGGGGACACUUACGGUGACAAUGCAGAUGAUGGCAGGGCAAAGGGUCACGGCGACAACGAUGUGGACAUUGUGGUACACAUUGACGAAUAUCCUCUAACCCUGAGCAUCGUCAUGGUGAUGGUGCCAUUGGUGCUACUGCUUGGGAUCCUGGGCCUUGUCUAUGCCCUCGUGCAGCUGCAGCGAAAGGGCACUCCCCGCAUGCUCCUCUACUGCAAGCGGUCUUUACAGGAAUGGGUAUGAAGCCUGACCGUGUCCACCAACAGUCCUGGCGCUCUUGAUGUGCCUCACACUACCUCCCGGUCUCUCCCAGUGGGCUAGUUUAUCCGUAGAGCUUUCUUUCUCCCUCCCCUUGUCUCCCACAUGGAGGAGAGGCUUGUGAGACCUCAGAAGGUCUCUUAGGCUGAUUGGUCACUUCAUCUCCUCAGGUCCAAAGCAAGCCUUGUAGCUUCCUGUGUAGGACUGUUGCAGGUAGACAUAGAGAUCCAGCAUCCACACAGGCAUUUAGCGGUUGGAGGAUAAGUGGGUGAUCCCUCCCAUUCUGUAAACCAACCAGGCUUGCCCAAGGGAUGCCACUGGAGACCUCCAGUUUUAAGGCAUGGCUUUCUCUUAGAAAGUUUGACCUGCUUGUGGAGAAUAACCUGAUGGAUCUCGUUCCCUGUUCUGAGUUCUCGUAACGCACGAUGGUCCAGAGUGACUCCCUGUUUGCAAAAGACUGAGUGGUGAGCAGACAGGAAAGGAGAGGACGCUUUACCCUUUUAGAGCCAUUGUUGUCCUUUCUGUGCGGGGGCUCUCCUAAGUUGCAUCCUGACAAAGUUGCUCAUACCAGAUGAAUUGCUGGCAAGAGGGCUCCUCCUUUGCCUUCACGCACUAGUCACUGUCUCCCCCUCCAGAUCAACCUGGGAAAUAGAGAUGCUUCUUACAGUUGCUGUCAUGCACGGGACAUAGUGAAUUUUUGGGUGCCUUCAGAUGUGCCAUGCAUCCUACAAAUCUUGCCUUGGUUUUUGUUUUGUUUUUUAAAAAAGAAUUCUGGCCUUUUUAGCUGCAGAACAAAAUUUGGAAGACGCUUCCUGUAGUUUGUUGGCGUUUCUACUCCAGGAAAAGUCCCUGAAGCCAGAGGAAGAAGGCCCUUUCAAGGGAGAGGCAGUCCUGGUGUCUUCCUUGCUGGGUGACUACUGUUCCUUGCCUACCUCUCCACAUCUCACUUUGUUGGUCUGCUUCCAUUCCCUUGGCCCUUGCCAAAAAUGUUGGAUGCCUUGGAAUUAGAAGUGCAGAACAAGUUCAGUAUGUACUGUGACUCCUGUGGCCAGUUGUGGAGUGCUCUGCUUUUGUGCUCUUUCUCCUCUCUUGGCUAUGAGACAGGAGUAACUAGUUGGUUCUACCCUGUGGAAUAAACGUAGGAUGAAUGGUGGAUAACUACCUCCUGGGACCCUCUCCUUGGAAUUGCUGGAUUUUGGAAGCAGGUGUCCAAUGAAUUGUGGCCAGAUUGUGCUCCUCGGCUUGACUUCCAAGAGAGAAGGUUUAUGGCUCUUCCAAGGAGGACUUCAGCCUGGCUUGAAUCUCAUUUUGAGGACUGAAAAUCCAAAGCCCAAUAUGCACAUGUGGGCCAGGAGCUAUUCCCUGGAUAGAUGUGCAUACGCGGUAUGUGGACAUUGUUCCCCAAGUUGCCAACAUGGGGGCUCCCAGGCAGCAAAACAAGCGCAUGAGCCAUUCCUUCAUCAACUCUGCGUGUAAUUCUCCCACCCCAAGACUUGUGUAUUGGGUAUCCUCUGAGACUGGGAAUUGUCGCCCUAAACUCAUUUGCAACACAGAUGGUAAAACUCCAGAACUUGAGUCAGGCCUGUGAGAAGUGAAGAAAGGUUCAAACGCUAACCUGGCUGUAACCUUCAGCCUGUGGUGAUACAGGCAUGCAUCUAACUAAACUUCAGCAGAGUUCCUCUCCAACUAAGUCUUGUCCUGUUAAUGCAAGGAUCACUGCCCAGGUGGUAGCGUCAAGCGUGGCAUGAAUCUUGUGCAGUGGUGAGAUCAGUUGUCAUCUGCUUUGAAAUAAAUUAGAACAGCAUUCUAAUGCAAGUGUUGUGCCUUGCUCAAACAGAAGUGGCUCUUUGGAUACAACAGGGCUGUCUUUAGCACAGCUGUUUGUUUGUUUUUGAGGGUGGGGGGAGAACCCUAAAACUUUAGUUAAAGUAAUGACUUUUCUGCUAGCAGAAGUGGAUGCAUGCCAGUGCAUCUAGCAGCAUGUUCAGCUGCUCCAGUAGUUGUGAGAGUAGAACUCUUGGUGGGUCUAGUGUGUCUGUCUGUCCCUCUUUGCUUGCCCAGAACCCUCUUCUAACAGGUAGGUUGAGCAGGUAGAUGCUGUAAUUCCAGAAGUGGUAAGGCUGGCCAAACUGCUUGGGAAGCGCCUUGACUCAAUAGGCAAUGGGGUUGGCCUGCACGGCAGAAAGGCAGAUCAAUGUCUUAGCAUCUGCCCCCAGAGGAGCGGAAAGGACCAUGGCUCAGUGGUAGAGCAUCUGCUUGGCAUGUAGAAGGUCCCAGGUUCACUCUCCAGCAUGUCCAGUUGAAAGGACCAGGUAGUAGGUGAUAUGAAAGACCUCUGCCUGAGACCCUUCAGAGUAGCUGCCAGUCUGAGUAGGCAAUACUGACCUUGAUGGACCAAGGUUCUGAUUGAGUCUAAGGCAGCUUCAUGCAUGUGUUCACGUAAGAGUAUUUGGUAUGCAGAUUAAGGAUUUCUGAUUAUUUUUAUCAUUUAUUCUGUCAUUUUCUCAUAACAAGGAGCAACAGGUGCUGGUGCCACCUCCCCUAAGCAUCACAGUCUGUCGCCCUUCUAGCUUCUCGUGCAUCUUUACAGCCAUAAGAUCUUUGCACUUGAAAGAGGCUCUGAGCUGGGGGGGGGGGGGGUCAAGUUGUCCACGGUGGAAUAUCUCUGUUGAACGUGAAGCUUUACUCUUCAGGCUGCCAGUGGGCUUCACAAGGGUCUCUCUCCCAUUUUUCUUUCGGAGCCGUACUUCUUUCUGUUGUGGAUGCCCAGAAAGGAGGGCAGAGAUGGGAAAUGACGGUUGCAGGAGCCAGACACUCAGAGGAUGCCCAGGUGUAGGGGAGAAAGAGGGGUUAAGAAAACCUUGGGAAAGAGAAGUGAGAAAGAAUAAAGCCAACAUUGUGGGGACAGGUGCAGCUGAAAUGUUUUAAUCUGCCCAGAGAAGCAGAUCUCCCAUGGCCAAUCAUCCCUUGCUGGGCAAGAAUCCCAUAUGGCCCCGUUGACUUUCUAUAAACACUUGGUGGGUGUCAGGAAUGUCGUGGGUCACCAUGUUGGGAACCCCCUGCUUAGGGUAACACAGUGAGGAGGGUACCAAUUACCCCACAUCGGCUUGGAUCCAGCCAGAUGAAUCCCAGGAGGGGAUGCAUGUACCCUGCUUAUCAUGACAAAACAUCUUGGAACUGGCCCUAGAGAUGCCAGCGAAAGCAUCCUGCUAUGGUCAGCUGUUAGCAGCUGGCCCCUCCUACGUGUGAAAUCUGCACAUUCUACAUUGUUCUGAGUACAGCUCAGUUAUUUUCCCAUAAUUGGAGAAACCUUUUCCCACAGCCUGACAAUAAAAUGUGUCUAUUGUGCUGAUGUUCUGCAAAUGGCAAGUUUUGGAAUGUAAAUCUCCUUUCCCUCAAGAAGUUUUAACUCUGUCUGCAGUUUUCAGUCAGAUGAAUUCUCUUCUGUAUAAGUCUUGGUUCUGGAUUUGCCCUUUCUUCUACUAAUGUUCUUUAGCAUAAUUGGCUACUGGUUGUGUGUGAAUUGUUUUCACAGAGAUGCUGCCGGAAAAGGUGUUGUUCAGAUGCUGUAACACAUGCGGUACCCCUUCUGGCCACCUGCCACAGAUUUGGGGAUGUGGUAACCUCAAAUGCUUCUGUACGACUUGUAAGGAAUGGCUUCCAUUUGCUGGCACAAAUCCAGAUGUCGUGGGCCUAACCACAGCUUGUCACACUUGUCAGCAUUUUGCAUCCGUUGUUUAACCUGGCACUCCUUGAUGCAGCCUGCAAUCUCUAGAGGAAAGUGUGUCUUCUUUUUUCAAAGCUGAUAAUACUCUUAAGUCAGCACGUGAACCCUCUCCCACCCCAAAUGGGACAAAUGCCCUUUUGAUGUGUUCUCCUUCACCUUGUUGGCACUUGUCUGGAAUGUAAAGUAAAGGCUGGCCAGGUACAACCUCGGAGUCUUGGGCACUGUUUAUUUGGGAAGGACUCCUGACAGGUAAUUGGAGAUGGGGCCAGAGCAGAGGAUGUGUUUCUGAAAGCCACCCAGCUAUGGCUGCAGGCUGCUUGCUCCAUUGUGCCUGGCUCUUGUGUUUGUUUACUGUUGGUUUUUUUAAUCAAGUCCCUGCUGACUGCAGUCAGGAGUCCCACAAUAAAUCUUCCCAAACCA